AUGAUUUCUUCUCGAAUCAUCGGAUUUUUGAUUUUGUUUUUGGUUUCGAUAGAUUUGGUUUUGACGAAGAAAAUGAAAGAGCAAGAGGUGAUUCAGCGAGUUUUGAAGGAUUAUGAUUGGAGAGUGAGACCGAGAGGAUUGAAUUCAUCAUGGCCAGGUAAUUUUGAGUGAAAAAAAAUUGGGAAAUAUAUAAAUUUUGAAAGAAAAAGUGCAAGUUUUGCAGCUGAAUAUCAAGAAUUUUCAUUUUCCAGCUGAAAAAUUCUGGUUUUCCUACAAAAUUCUGAAAUUUGGAGCUUUUCACGCUGAAAUUUCAGAUUUGAAAAAAUAAACUUCAAAAAAGCUUGGAAAAUUCCUUAAUUUUCCAGCUAAAAUUUGCGAAAAAUUCAGUUUUUCUAGAUUUUUUGAAUCUGUAUUUUCAGAUUGAAAACAGCUUGAAAUUUCGCUGAAAAAUUUUGAAUUUCAAAUUUUAAUCCUAAAAAUUGUUUUUUGAAGCUUCAAAUCUGAAAUUUACUUUUUCGCCCGAAAAAUUCCAAACUUUUUCCAAAAAAAACAUUUUUGCAAUUUUUGAAUUUCAAACUUUUUUAAAAAUUUCGAGUCUCACUUUUUUCUUCUUCGAAAACUUUUUUCAUCUCAAAUUCCAGCUUUUCUUUAAUUUUUCGCCCAAAAUUUACUCCUCAAUCACUUUUUUCGCCCAAAAAUUCCAAACUUUUUUCCAAAAAAAAUGCUCUCGAAUUACCUCGAAAAACCUGGAAAACUUGUGUUUUUUCGCCUCAAAAAGUCUCAAAUUACUACGUUUUUGACCAACAAAAAACGAAGCAGAGAAGAAAGAAAAAACGGCGAAUAAAAAGGUGCCUAAUUUUAUUAUCCACUCUUUUUAUACUACUUUUUGGAAAAUGGGAAAAAGAUGAGGAAAAAAAGAAAAAGGAAAAGAACUUGAGAAAUUGGAAUUGGAAUAUUCAUGAAGGAAUGUGAAGAAAAAAAUAUGAAUAUUAAAAUAAUCUAGAAAAAAAUUUGCAAAAUUUUCAUUUUAAACGAUGCUCCGCAUUGACACCCCUGCGUAAACCCGUAGUUUCGUUGUUUUGUUUUGCAGACACCGGCGGACCUGUUCUAGUCACUGUCAACAUCUACCUUCGCUCGAUUUCCAAAAUCGAUGAUGUGAAUAUGGAGUAUUCGGCACAAUUUACGUUUCGAGAAGAAUGGAUUGAUAAGAGAUUGGCUUAUGAGAAAUAUGAGGGAGCUGAUAAUGAGGUGGGGCAUUUUUUGGGGGAAAAAUUUACCUGUAGCCAAAAAAAUUAAAUUUUCUCACUAGGACUGAUUCACGAACGAAAAAAAUGUUUUAAAAUGUUUUUUUUAACAUCGAAAGAUCAAUUCACGAAAAGUCGAAAAAACAUUGUAGUUUAAAAUUAGCUUUUCGAGUUUUUCAACCAAAAAUGAUGACAAAUCGAUAUUUUUGUGAGCUUCUGGAGUGAUUUCUGAUGAAAAUAAGCUUCGAGAACCCUAUUUUGCUUUAUUUUAUGAAUUUUUUCAAAAUUUAAAAUUUUUUUUAACGAAAAAUCAGCAAGGUCAAUUUUCAUCAGAAAUUACUCCAGAAGAUUGGAAAAUAUCGAUUUGUCAUUAUUAUUUGCUGAAAAACUCGAAAAACUAAUUUUGACCUACAAUGUUUUUUUGACUUAUCGUGAAUUGAUCUUUCGAUGUAAAAAAAACAUUUUUUUUCGUUCGUUUAGCCUAAAAUCCACGUGGCUAACUAUUUUCAAACGACAAUCCAGGUUCACACUUUCCAUGUGUCACUAGAAAAAUCUGGGAUUAAAAUUUGGUUGCCACGUCAUAGGUUUUCUUUCAAUCUUCAAAAUUAAAAAAAAGUUCAAAGGUCCAUUUUUGUUACACUUUCAAAUCUUUCAUUUCAUUUUAUUUAUCAUCCGAUAAAACUUUUUUAUGACAAAAAAUCAAAUCAAAUCUUAUCUAUGUACUUUUUCGUACACUUUUCUGUCCACUUUUACACAAUUUAGCCUCCUCGACUUCACUUUUGACUUUUUGUGUUGUCAAAUCCCAUUUUGCGCACAUGCGCAUGCUCAAUUUAGAGAACAAUGACUUUUUGCUUGGCCAACCAACACAUGGAAACACAAAAAACGAAUAGAAAAAAAGUAAACGCUUUUUUCUUCGCUUUUUGUUCACAUCUUGGAAAAUACUUGAGGGGGGGGAUGAAUAAUAAAAGCUUCUUUGAGAUAGGCUAACUACGAGGGGAUAUUAUAUAGGUUUGCACAGAAAAUUUGGAAUUGGAGAAACACAAGGAUUUUUGAAUCACAGAAAAGGAUUUUGAAUCACAGAAAAAAACAAUAAAAUUUUUUGGAACUUUCAAAAUACAUGAUUUUUUUCAGGUUCAAAAAAAUUGAAAAAUAAAUAAAUUUUGAAAGAAAAAUGCCAGUUUUGCAGAAAAAUAUCACAGAAUUUUGAGAGAAUUCUCCAGCUGAAAAAUUCUGCUUUUUCUAAAAAAAAAUCUGAAAUUUGAGAUUUUGCUGGAAAAUUUAAAAUUUAAUUUUGGUUAUCGUUCUUUUUCGGGUUUCACGCUGAAAUUUCAGAUUUUUUAGUUGAAAAAAUAAAUUUCAAACAAAAAAAUAUCUUGGAAAAUUCAGAGGUUCGACCUCAUAUUUUUGAAAAAAAUCGGAAAAUCUUGAUCACGUGUCCUAUGACGUGGCAGCUUAGAAAUGUUCAUUUUCAGAUAAAUAUUCGAAUUUUCUGAAUAGUUUUUUAUCAAGCGAGUGUCGUUUGAAAAUGUUAUGCAACGUGGAUUAUGAGGGAGCUCUCUAGCCUCUCUAGCCUCUCUAGCCGUCUCUAACCUCUCUACUCUCUCUAGCCCCUCAAAAAUCAAUACUAUUUUCCAGGUUCCCCCAUUUGUCGUCCUCGCCACUUCCGAAAACGCUGACCAAAGUCAACAAAUUUGGAUGCCCGACACGUUUUUUCAAAAUGAAAAGUGAGAAAAAGAGUUGGAUUUAAUAUGCAAAAUAUUAAAUAUUUAUGAAAGCUUUUAGCUCUUGUGAGAAAUUUGUUUAUUUUCGUGUUUUUUUCCAGGGAAGCUCGUCGCCAUUUGAUUGAUAAGCCAAAUGUUCUAAUUCGAAUUCAUAAAAAUGGACAAAUUUUGUAUUCUGUCAGGUACAUAUUCGGGGAAAACAUUUUGGGGAAAAAUAUGAAUAAAAAUCGGAAAUUUUUGUAGACUUUCGCUGGUUUUGUCGUGUCCAAUGUCGCUGGAAUUCUAUCCGUUGGAUCGACAGAAUUGUUUGAUUGAUUUGGCUUCGUGUAAGUUUUGCUGCCACGUGGAUUUCUUGGCUGGAAAGAUCAGAAAAUUUUCAGAACAUUGGGAAAAAAUCUAGAAUCCAAUUUUCUUGAAUUCUGAAUUCAAUAAGGAUACUUUCUGAACACAAAUAUUGAACUACAGUAAUCCUGGUUUUUCCACGAUCAAACUCAAAUUCAAAGUUUACUAACUGUAAAAAUAGAUCAUAAAAAUACCGAUCUACAGUAAUACAGUAAUCCUCAAAUUCUAGAAAUCCCAAAAAGUCUAAAAUUAGGACGUCAUCUAAUAAAUUCUAAAAAUUUUCAAAACAAAAUUGUUAGGGCUCUACAGUAAUCCUAGAGUUCUACAGUAACCCUUUACUUCUAGAAAUCCUGAGAAAUUCUGAAAAUGUUUCCAAGACAUUUCUAGAGCUCUACAGUAGUCCGAAAUUCCACGUCACGUUGAAACUUUCAAAAAUGCAAAACUACAGUAAUACAGUAACCCUAAAAUUCUAGAAAUCCAAAAAUUUCCAGAUAUUUUUGGAAAGUUGUUAGAGCUCUACAGUAAUCCCAACAAAAAAAGUCCAAAAAUCGAAAUUUCAAGUAUUUGACUUUAAUAUGAGCAAUCAUGUGAAUUUUCUAGCUAAUCUAAGAAGUGUUAAUUUUUCUUCAAAAUAUUGACUAUAAUCUGAUUGUGAGCAAUCAUGUGAAUUUUGAAGCUAAUCUGAGCAAUGUCAAUUUUUCUUCAAAAUAUUGACUAUAAUAUGAGCAAUCAAGUGAACUUUCUAGAUAAUCUGAGAAAUCUUCAAAAUAUUGGCUAUAAUAUGAGCAAUAAUGUUUCCAGAUGCCUACACCACACAAGACAUCAAAUACGAAUGGAAACCCGAAAAACCAAUCCAACAAAAAGACGGACUUCGUCAAUCUUUGCCUUCUUUCGAACUCCAAGAUGUUCUAACUGAUUAUUGUACAAGUAAUACAAAUACAGGUAUUUUUCUAGAAUUUUUCUGAUAUUUUCUAAAUGUUUGUUGCUUUUUCUCUUCUCCUUAUGUGUCCAAUUUUUAUGCUUUUUGUCCAAUUUUGCAGGUGAAUAUUCAUGUCUUCGUACUAAUUUGGUGCUUCGUCGCGAGUUCAGUUAUUAUCUUCUACAGGUCUCGUCUAGUUUUUUUUGAAUUUAUGUUUUGUGUUGUGUGAAACUUAAAUGUGCUUGAGUGUGUCAACAACAAUUUCAGCUUUAUAUUCCAAGUUUUAUGCUUGUCAUCGUUUCGUGGGUCUCAUUUUGGUUGGAUAAGGAUUCGGUGCCAGCGAGAGUUACCUUAGGUUAGUUUGAUUCAUCUUCACGGUCUUUUAAAAAAAUAGUGUUGUGAUUUGAGAGAGAGAGAGACGCAGAGAGAAAGAGAGAGAAAUACUAAACUCUCAUUCUAUCAAUUUUCUAGCUAAUCUGAGCAAUGUCAAUAUUUUUUCGAAAUAUAAAAAAACUGAGGAUAGAUUUUAGUCGCUUGGCACAGUGAAAAUUCAAAAAUGAAUUCUUAAAAAUCAAGCUGAGGCCUAUUUCUAAAUUUAUCAAAUCCUAGACCUGCAAAUUCAAUUCGCUGUAGAUCACGCGCGAUUCCAAUAUCUUUUCGUCUCUUUCACUCUCACUGAUUGCUUUUUGACAUAUUGCGAUUUCUCUUUUUGAAGCUAAUAUGAGCAAUGCCCCAUUUCUUCAAGUUUUUGACUAUAAUAUGAGCAAUCCUAUUAUUUUGUUCUGUAAGUUGAGCAAUUCAAAAUGAUCAAACAUUUUUUGGAUUUCUCAGGAAUAUAUUUAUUCUAGUUUUCUCUGCGUCUCUCUCUUUCUCUCUUUCAAACUUCAAUCAUGAUAAUAAAUUUUCUCAUUUUCCUAGGAGUCACAACUCUUCUGACAAUGACAACUCAAAGUUCCGGAAUCAAUGCCAAACUUCCACCGGUUAGUUAUACAAAAGCGAUCGAUGUUUGGAUUGGUGUUUGUCUCGCCUUCAUUUUUGGAGCACUUUUGGAAUUUGCGUUGGUGAAUUAUGCGGCGAGAAAGGAUAUGACACAGGUCUCGCAGAGAAUUGUGAGUUUGGGGGGCUUUAAAUCUAGAUUUGUCAUUUUUCGGCAUUUUUUAAUCGAAAAACUAUUUUUUUUUUCUGCAAAAACUUAGCUCAGUCCCAGAUUUUUUCCCAAACCCCAAAAAAUUCUUUCAAAUUAAAAAUUUCCAGCGUCAAAUGAAACAACUGCCACCAGAUGGUUAUCGUCCAUUAUCAGCCUCGCAAGGCCGUUCCUCAUUUUGCUGCAAAAUUUUCGUGCGCAGAUAUAAGGAACGAUCGAAACGUAUUGAUGUUGUUUCCAGAUUGGUGAGUUUCGAGGAGAAGCUUUUCAGCUCGCGGAAAAGUUUUUCGGCUCAAACUUUUUCUGAGGAGAUCCCUGAAAAACUGAGCUACUCAGAAAACAUAAAUUUUGAUGAAGAAAAAAUUAAGAUUGCUCAUUUUAUAGUCAAUAUUUUUUUUUUUUAAAUUGACAUUGCUCAAAUUAAAAAUUCACACGAUUGCUCAUACUAAAGUCAAUAUUUUGAAGAACAUUGGCAUUGCUCAGAUUAGCUAGAAAUUUCACAUUGUAGAGCUAACAACUUUCUGAAAAAAAAUUUAGAAUUUCUAAUUUUUGAUUUUUUAGGAUUUCUAGAAUUUGAGGAUUACUGUAUGUAUUACUGUAGAUCGGUACUAAAUUUGAAUUGGGAUUCUUCGGGUUACUGUAGUUCAAUAUUUUUAUUCAGAAUUCUAAAAAUUGCAAAACGAAAAAUUGACAUUGCUCAGAUUAGCUUCAAAAUUCAUUGAAUUCUCUCUCUGCGUCCAUCAAGAAAAUUUCAUUUUUUCAAAUUUCUAAAAGACCGUGAAAAACUGUAGUAAAAAAACAGGGAUAAUAGAAAUGAUGAACCGCGAGCUGAAAUUCCAUAAUUUGGAACUCAACAUUAUUUUCAUGCCCAAAUUCUUUUUUUUCAGGUAUUCCCAAUUGGCUAUGCGUGCUUUAACGGUAUUUGUUCAUUUUUUGUGCGUUGCAGUGUAAUAAUCGCAAUUUUUCAGUGUUAUAUUGGGCUGUCUACCUUUUGUAA